CAAUCCUUAUAUCGCUCUGAUACCUCUACGGCGUCUGCUUCUCGUGAAUACGAUGACUUGUCUGCUUCCGAUGCUGAGUCUAAGCCCAAGCACGAUGUCGUCUCCAAACUCGAGCCCAUCGAAGAAAGCUAUCUUGAAGGAUACUAUGAGCAACACCAGACUUGGUUGGCUUCGAGAGCCUAGAAGAACCUCGAGCUGUUACCGAAUGAAUGGCUCCCCCCUCUCCCCUCCAGCUGCCUGCCUUAGAUCUGGAAGAGCGUGAUCUCGAGGACUUUGGCGAUCGGGAAGAAGAUACUGUCGCUAUGGCACUGGAAAUCGCAGCAGACGAACACCUGACAUUCAUGCCACAGACCACCGAGUCUGUAUUCACUCAAGCGCUUGAUCCUUUGCCGACCGCAGAGACAUAUCUUGAUGGGUACCAAGCUCUCAACGCCAGAAACUUUGAAGAGCAUGAUCUUGAAGCAUUCGACGAAACAAAAGAAGAGAUUGUCGCAACGGCAAUGGAAAUUGUAACAGACGAACACAUAACAUUUACACCACAGACCGCAUACAAGCCCUCCAACAACAGACAAGAGUACCAAAACGCCCGACGCCAAGGCUUCCAACCCGGAUGGUGGGCGUCCCAGGCUACCUCACACCUCGCCUCUUCUCAAAAACAACACCUUUACCAAGCCACAACAUCCAGUUUGAUCCACAAUAGCUUCAACUCUCGGUCCUUCGACGGCCCCCUGGGACUCUCUCCGGCCAAGCUCGACGCUUUGAUUGCAAUCUUCCCUUCAACAAACCCCAAAGGGGGUCUGACUGUGCGAGAGUAUCAGUCAAUUGCACAGACAGGAGGCAGAAAUGCAGAGACAGGAUGCAGAAAUGCAGAGACAGAAGGCAGAGAGGCGAAGACAACUGAGGUCCUGCUUUGCUCUUACAACCACUCCAAUGUGGAAUAUCGCAUUCAACUUUGA